GCCCAGCUGAGAACAAGGCGAGCGUGCUGCGCGGGGAGGAUGCGGAGAGUUGGCAAGAGGACCCUGAAUGGGUCUGUAACUCAGGUCUGCUCCGAGACUGGUGAGCUUCUUUACUAUCCAAGGAGCUCACCUGCCGUUGGUUUUCUAAACCACAGACCCGACGCCGAACUCACCUUACCUGCGGGCGGGGACGCAAGCUGGACCACGAAACGAAUGCCAGAGACUUGGCUGCAGCCCACCCCGGGUCCCAUUCCUCUGGCUUCCACUCCCCCCCCAGAUGUCUCAGAUUCCAAAUCCCAGGCAAACUACUUUUCUAAACUUGCGAAGCCUCCCUCCAUAUGCAAAAUAGUGGGGAAAACCAUACUGGAUGGCCUGGGACUUCCUACUCUACAGGUGGAAAUCUCCUGCACCAUUCAAAAUUUCCCCAAGUACAUCUGUUCCGUGGCGAUCCCUACUCACUUUGAAGUCGUGGAGAACGCUUUGCCAGAGGUGUUGGAUGCAGAGGAGUCAGAAAGGGCCCAGGCCGUGAGCACAGCUGUGCAGUGGAUCAAUCAGUCCAUCACAGAGGAGCUGUGGGGUCUGGUCCCCUCCAACCAGGCAGAGGUGGACCACAGGCUCAGGACCUUCUUUGAACAUAAAGUACAAGAAGAUAAAGAGAGAAAAGAAUUGGAAAAGAGCCAGGAGGAGCUGGUUCCUGCACCUCCACCAGUGACGCUGCCGCCGCCACCGCCACCACCUCCCCCACCUCCCUCCAAAAAGAAAGGGCAGAAGGCAGGACGGAGGGAUACGCUUUUGGAGAAACCUGUUUCACCCCCGGAGCCCCCUGAACCAGUCCUCCAUGGUAGCAUGGCCAUAGGCGCUGUGUCCCUGGCAGUGGCCAAAGCCAGUGCGACCUUGGCCAGUGAUCCUCUCUACUUAACCCUGGCGUCACUGAAGCAUGAUCAGGAGCAGCCAUCGACAUUCUCUAUGCCUUUGCUGAUGGGAUCUGUACUGAGCUGUGGGAAGUCGUCACCUGGGAAGCUACAUUUAAUGAAAGAAGUGAUUUGUAUUCCCAGUCCUGGAUUAACAGCCAAACAAAGUGUCGAGUUGCUUCUGGAAAUUCAGAAACAAGUUAACAGAGCGAUGGAGACGCUUCCACCUCCAAAACAAGAGACCAAAAAAGGGCAUAAUGGGAGCAAAAGAGCUCAGCCACCGAUCACUGGCAAGGUAUCUCACCUUGGCUGUUUAACCAUCAACUACGACGCCAUAGAGCAGCCACUGCUGCUUCUUCAGGUGAUCUGCUCAAACCUGGGGUUGGAACUGGGAGUGAACUUCCAUCUCGCCAUCAACUGUGCUGGGCACGAGCUGAUGGACUAUAGUAAAGGGAAGUACGAAGUGAUGGUGGGCACCCACAAAAGCGCAGCUGAGAUGGUGGAGCUCUACGUGGACCUGAUCAACAAGUAUCCUUCCAUAAUCGCCUUAAUUGAUCCUUUCAGGAAGGAGGACGCCGAGCAGUGGGACAGCCUCUAUGCUGCUCUGGCUUCCCGGUGCUACAUAAUUGCAGGCGCCGCUUCCGGGAGCGUCUCUAAACUCCUAGAAUACAGAAAUAUAAGCACCCUGAAAUCCCACGGACUGAUCAUAAAGCACACAAACCAAACCACAAUGUCUGACUUGGUGGACAUAACCCAUCUUAUCAACGGCAAGAAGCUCCUGGCUGUCUUUGGAAGCACAGACUCGGAGUCCUCUGAUGACAGCCUUGUCGAUUUGGCUGUUGGACUCGGUGCCCGGUUUAUCAAGUUGGGGGGUCUUUCUCGGGGUGAACGGAUGACCAAAUACAACCGCCUUCUUGCUAUAGAGGAAGAACUCAUCCAGAGGGGAGUAUGGGGUUUCAGUGAAGAACACAAUUUUUCUUUCUUUCAAGAGGAUGCUACUACCACAAUGGCUGAGGAAACUCUUGGGCCCCUGGACUCCAUCUUCCCCACAGAGGUGAUAGAGGAAUCAGCUAAAACAUGAGCCUCCCUCCCGGUUCUGGACUCCCAGGGCACAGUCACUCCACCAGUGUGGGCCAGUUGGUGUGAAGUGUCUCCACGGCGGCUCCACUCUGAACUCCACUUAUAUCCGUAAAUGAGUAUAAUCACCAACAUGUGCAUGCUUUCGGUUUCACCGUCGGGUAAAAUAUAUGCCUGGUGGGUUUGCCUGCAGCUCAUGAGCUUUACUUUCGAGGCCACUUUGCCAUGGGACACUAGCUCUACUGUCUCCUUCUGAAGGUCAUGACCUAAGUUCAUGAGAGGCUAAUGUAUUUCCAUGUCAGGUUCACGCCCAGUCACACACCUUAACCCCUCAUAAAUCAGAGCGGCUCUAGCACCAAAAGACUGUUUCCCUGAGUAGCUCCUGGCACCACACAGGCAUCCUCUGAUUUUGUUUCUCUUGGGCCUCUGUGCUUGGACCACAGAUGCUUUGCCUAGCCACCAACAUGCACCAAGCCUUGCCCAUCUUAGCUUCCAACAUUGAUUACCUAUGCCUGUACUGAUACUUCUAUCUUAGCUUCUGACACUUGAUUACCUAUGUCUGUGCCUUUCCUCAUCCCUCUGGUGUGUUCAUCAUCCCUGUAUUAUUUUUUUUUU